UCUGAACGAAUAUGCGCAUGCGCAGCAUUAUUGCAUAGGUGUAUGAUUAGUGCACAGUUGAAAGGUUAACAACACAGUUGAAUCAACAAUUGUUCGCACGCAUUCACUAUGAAGAAUAUUUUGUGUUUAUUUGUUAUUUGUGCCAAUUUCUGCGGGCGAUACGCGAUAGCGGAGCAUGAGGAAGACACGUCCACAGAUCUGUUUGUAAUCGAAGGGAAGGUGUUCCCCUGGGAUAACGUCGCCUCGAUGGGGUGGCAACUCAUGACGCAUGUGAUGGUAAAUGGAGGUGAACAUUAUGGCUUUCUGAGAGAAGACGGCACAUUUAUAAUCUCGAAUGUCCCAUCCGGAUCAUAUAUGGUUGAAGUGGUGAAUCCAAAUUACGUUUACGAGCCAGUCAGAGUGGAAAUUAAUUCCAAAGGGAAAUUUCGAGCUCGAAAGGUCAAUUUGAUACAGACGUCACAAGUGAUUCAAGUACCUUAUCCAUUGAAAAUGAGACCUCUAGCACCGUUUCGAUAUUUUCAAGUUAGAGAGCAAUGGCGGAUAACGGAUUUCUUGUUCAACCCUAUGGUUUUAAUGAUGGUUUUGCCACUUAUACUAAUCAUGAUUCUGCCGAAAAUUAUGAAUGAUCCUGAAACUAGGAAGGAAAUGGAGCAAUUAAAUAAUCUCACUAUCUAUAAUAUGCCCGAAAUGUCUGAAGUAAUAACGUCUUUUCUUUCUGGAGGAGAAAAACAAAAAUCAAAGGCUGUAAAAGCUGCUAAGAAAAGACAAUAAUGUAUUAAUUUAGUUUAUUCUGUAGAUCGAUCUGUAGAUCGAUUGUAUGUAUAUGUAGAUUGAUUGUAUGUAUAUGUUUACUCUAGUCUUUAAAAUAUAUUAAGAUAUCGACGAAAAGCCAGAAAUAUUUCAAUUGCUUGCAUUAUGUAAGAUUGUGGUUGUUAAUAUGUUAAAGUGGAACAGUUUGAUUGUUUACCUCUUGCGGUUCUAUAGUUGCAAAAAGCAGUGUGAUUUCAUAAAAUAGUAGAAAAAAUUUUGUACGAAUGUAAGUAAAAAAACUUAACUUGAUAUAAUAAUACAGUAUGUACAAUAAUUAUAUUUCACGUUACCGAAACACCAUCUUAUUACACUUUCUUGUGUCGGUCACUCGCUGUGAUGUCUAGGUUAAUCUUAUGUAAGAUAUUGUCCAGGCACAAGAUACAUAAGAUACACAAUUUUCUAAAUUAUUAAAAGCAUGUAUUUAUAAUAUUAUAAAUAAACGAUAACUAUGUAUUAAUACAUAAUUUAAUUCC